AUGGCACAAGUUUGGCCCGGGUUGGAAUUCGUUCUUGUCAAUCCUCUCACUCACCAGGAGGAGACGAAGACGCCACGAAGGUCCAACUGGUCCUUGUACCGAGCGGCAUGGCCCGUUAGGACCGUACUUUUGUCAUCUACAAACGCCCAAAGCACUACACCAGGCCUGCUUUUUACAGGUUUCAAGAGUCUACAAGGCCAGUGUUCACGAAACUCAGAUCUCUUCUUCCCAUACGCACUACCGUUUACGUCGAGUCAUUUCCAUCAUCAUGUUUUCCCCAUCUUGUUUUUUAUUUGUUUGUGGUUCUGGACGUCGUCAUCAACUCGUACUUGGAAAAACUUUGACCUCGUGGCCUCGUGCUGUGGCGGUGUUGCCGCCAGCUACAAGCACGUAUGUACUGUACAAGGCUGCAGGUCCAAAUGGGGCGUGGCGACGGACUCCCGGGCUGUUGUUCCUGAUCCCCCUCCACUCGCCGUCUCGCAUCCCGCAUCCCUUCCCCCGUCCCUCCCUUCUCCCCUUCCUCCGAGCGAGGAAAGCCGGGCUUCCCCCGGAUGGGGCUUCGGCGAAUGCUUCUCGAAGCCUUCUGAAUCAGGUAUGGUGAUUUCGGGAUAUCUCGGAAAGUCCCCCCUCCCCGCCCCGGGCACCCGAGCACCGAGCGCACACCCGGCCAUGGCCAAUCGGGGGAGCCUCGGCCGGGCUCGUGGUGGCCCGGGCGGAGGCAAGGGGGGGGGCGCCCUGGCCUCUGCCGAUGCGGGGACCGAGAAAGGCACCGACUCGUUGCGUUGCAUUCCUACGCAGCCCUUGCAGCAGAGAGAACCCAAUGGAACGGAUAUCUCCGAACUUGUUGAUCAGUGGCUCCGAAAUUCUGGCCGACGACAAGUCGGCUCGGGUUCGAGAUUCGUUCGAGGGCCUGGCCGGUUGCAGUCGUCAACACGCUCGAGGCGCUGCAACAAGAAGAAAAAAUUUGCGCCGUCAAUCCAGGACUGCCAUGAUCCAUCGCCGGGAAUCGUCGCUCUGCGUAUCAUCCCAGCGAUCGAGAUGGAGGGUGGGCAGAUGAGGGCAGAACCAACCGUGUCUUACUCAGACACCGUCAUGAUCAUGUAA